CUUCAGGAGGGAAAUCGGAACGGCAAGGCCGAGGGAAAUUCAGAGCGUUGCAUGCCCCGCGAUUCGGGGCUCGUGUCCGCAUAUUGCCCGCGCGUGUGUGUGUGUGUGCAUGUGUGCUAGCUUCUGGCCAAAAGAUGAAAUUGAAAUGAAAAUCGAUCAAUAAACACAGCCCAAUUCUAAUCGAAAAAGAAAACUCUUUAGAGAGAGCAAAACUAAAUGAAAAUGCGAAAUCACAAGGAAAACGGGAACGCCACCGAUUUGAGCGAGCCGGUAUCCGUUGUUGGCCAAAAGAAUUUGGCCAAAAUGGAGCCAACGCAAAUGGAGAAUAGCAAUAAAAUUUCGGUGGUGUCCAAGCUCCUGCUCAAGGACAGCAAUGGAGGAUGCAGUCGCAGCAGCAGCAGCAACAUCAACAGCAACACAAGCAAUGCCAGCUUCAGUUCCGCAUCAGUCGCCGGCUCUGUCCAGGAUGACAUGCUACCCCACCACAUGGUUGGCAGUGGCCAGCUGAAUCCGCUAAAUCUUGUCCACGGCUCCACAUCCAUGGACCAGUGCGGUCUGACCCAGGCGGGACUGGAGGAAUACAACAGCCGGUCCUCGGUGUUCUAUGACCAGACGGCCUUCCACCAUCAGAAGCAGGCCUCCUAUGCCCAGUCGGAGGGGUACCAUAGCUAUGUGUCAAGUUCGGAUUCCACAUCGGCCACGCCAUUUCUGGAUAAAUUACGUCAGGAGAGUGAUCUUUUGUCCCGUCAGUCGCAUCAUUGGUCGGAGAACGAUCUCUCCUCCGUCUGCAGCAACUCGGUGGCGCCAUCGCCCAUCCCGCUCUUGGCCCGCCAGACCCACUCCCACUCCCACUCGCAUUCCCUCCACUCGCAUUCCCAUGCCAACUCCUCCUCCUCCUCCGGAUCCAGCAACAACAACAAUAGCAUUAGCAAUGGCUCCAGCAAUAGCAACAAUAUUAAUAAUAGCAACAACAACAACAACAAUAGCUCGGAAAGCACUUCCUCCACGGAAACCCUGAAAUGGCUGGGCUCCAUGAGCGAUAUAUCCGAGGCGAGUCAUGCCACCGGGUAUAGCGCCAUUGCAGAAUCAGUCUCCUCCUCGCAGCUGAUUGUGCACAGCUCCCGGGUGCUGACCCCCAAGCGUCACCACAGUGAGAGCGUGCUCUACCUGCACGACAAUGAUCCGGUUGCACCGAGCUCACCCACCGAGAGCAGCUCCUCCAAGGUGAUUGCCGAGGAGACAGCGGUGCAGCAGCCACAGUCCCUGCGCAUCCAGCACCGGCACAGUCCCAGCUAUCCGCCGGUGCACACCUCGAUGGCGCUGCAUCACUUUCCGCAGCAGGAUCACCUCAGUGGCCAGUCGUCCAAGCUGGGCACACAAAGUUCCUUGGAAUCGCCCACGGAGAAGCCUCGCUCCCUCCUUGGACAAUCCCACUCCAUGGGCGAUCUCCAACAGCAGCACCAGCAGCAGCAGCAUCUAGGCAGAUCCUCGGGCCAGCAACACAAGUCCAGCAUCUCGGUGACCAUCUCCAGCAGUGAGGCAGUGGUCACCAUUGCUCCCCAACCGCCAGCCGGGAAACCCAGCAAGUUGCAGCUCCCUCUGGGCAAGUCCGAGGCCCUCAGCUGCAGCACACCCAACAUGGAGAGUCACAGCCCCACCAAUAGCACUGAUUCCUAUCGCAGCAACCACCGCCUGUUCCCGGUGAGCACCUACACGGAGCCGGUGCACAGCAACACCUCGCAGUAUGUGCAGCAUCCCAAGCCGCAGUUCAGCUCCGGGCUGCACAAGUCCGCCAAACUACCUGUGAUAACGCCAGCGGGAGCCACAGUGCAGCCCACCUGGCACUCGGUGGCCGAGAGGAUCAAUGACUUUGAGCGCACGCAGCUGAGUGAGCCACCCAAGUUCGCCUAUCUGGAGCCCACCAAGACGCACCGCCUCUCGAAUCCGGCCCUGAAGGCGCUCCAGAAGAACGCGGUUCAAUCCUAUGUGGAACGGCAGCAGCAGCAGCAGAAGGAGGAGCAGCAGCUGCUGCGUCCCCACUCCCAGUCCUAUCAGGCACUGGAGCGCAAGUCGCUGCCCAAUAAUCUGAGUCCCAUUAUGGUGGGUCUGCCGCCCUCUGGAGGAGGUAACAGUUCCAUGGCCUCCUCGAGGGAUUGCAACUCGCCCACGCCCCCACCGCCGCCACCACGCUCUCGCAGCCUACUGCCCAAUAUCCUGAGGCGUUCCAGUUCGGCCUCGGACUACGCAGAGUUCCGGGAACUGCAUCAGGCCCAGGGACAGGUGAAGGCGCCCAGCAUAAGGAACAUAAGCAGCGCGGAGAAGAACUCCUUCAAUGACUGUGGCAUGCCACCACCGCCGCCGCCUCCCCGAGGCCGAGGCCUGGCCAUGCCCACGCGACGCACUUCCUCGGCCACCGAGUAUGCGCCCAUGCGGGAUAAGCUGCUGCUCCAGCAGGCCGCCGCCUUGGCCCACCAGCAGCAUCAUCCGCAGCAGCAUCAUCACCGGCCGCCACCCGAGCGUCCGCCCAAGCAUCCAAAUCUUCGAGUGCCCUCGCCCGAGUUGCCGCCGCCGCCGCAAAGUGAACUGGACACCAGUUACACCUUUGACGAGCCUUUGCCGCCGCCACCGCCUCCGGAAGUGCUACAGCCUCGCCCACAGCCGGCCUCGCCCAAUCGUCGGAACAGCUUUGCCGGGGCGUCCACUCGACGCACUGCCUACGCCGCGGCUCCACCGGUUGCCAAGGUUCCGCCACUGGUGCCCAAGAAGCCAACGAGCUUGCAGCAGAAGCAUCUAGCGAACGGAGGAGGAGCUGGUAGCCCCAGUAAUCUGCCCACCACUCGCAAGCGUCCACAUCAUACGCCCCAGCAGCAGCCCAUCCUCGAAAAUAUGGUGGCGCCACCGCCUCCUCUACUGCCGCGUGCCAGAUCCGCCGCCCAUGACAAUGUGAUUGCCAGCAAUUUGGAGAGUAACCAGCAGAAAAGAUCGAAUUCCAAGGCCUCGUAUUUGCCGCGCCAGAGUCUGGAGAAGCUGAACAACACAGAUCCGGACCAUGGCAUCUACAAGCUCACUCUGACCUCCAACGAGGACCUGGUGGCCCACACAAAGCCCAGCUACGGGGUGAGCGGGAAGCUGCCCAACAACCUACCAGAUGUCCUGCCCCUGGGCGUUAAGCUCCAGCAGCAGCCAAAGCUGCAGCCGGGCUCACCGAAUGGCGAUGCCAACGUGACCCUGCGAUACGGUUCCAACAAUAACCUGACCGGGAAUUCCCCGACGAGUGGCACGCCACCGUAUUACGGUGGCCAGCGAUACUCUACGCCAGUUCUGGGCCAGGGUUAUGGGAAGAGCACGAAGCCAGGACAAAUCGCUCAGCAGCAAUACACGAGAUCUCAGUCGUACGAUGUGAAGCAAACGAAUGCGGUGAGCAUGUCGCCGCUGGUGACCCAGUCCCAUGUGGAUCUCAAGCAAGCCGCCCACGACCUCGAGACGACGCUGGAGGAGGUGCUGCCCACCGCCUCGCCUACUCCGACGCCCACGCCCACGCCCACGCCGCCACGCCUCUCGCCGGCCUCCUCGCACUCGGACUGCAGUCUGAGCACCAGCUCGCUGGAGUGCAUCCCCAAUCCUAUAGCGGCCGCGAUUCCUAAGCCCGAUGCGCACAUCUUCCGCGCCGAGGUGAUUAGCACCACCCUGAACUCAAACACAAACACGAUGACGGCACCAGCCAAGCCGGCCAUGAAUCGACAGGAGUCUCUGCGGGAGAAUAUCGAGAAGAUCACCCAACUCCAGUCACAGCUAAUGUCAGCGCAUCUCUGCGACACUGGCCUCCUCGGUGGCUACAGCAGCCCCAUGAUAACCAGUCCCACUGCCAGUUUCCUUAACGAACCACUGCUGACACCUCCGCCACCGCCCAGUCCACCGCCUCUGGAAGAGGAUGAUAUGCCCGCCAAGGAAAAAGAAGUCAAGGAGCUGCAAUUGAUGCAGCGCAGCGAACUGGUGCUAAUGGUGAAUCCCAAACCGAACCCCAAGCCCACCACAACGGAUAUGGCCUGCCAAACCGAUGAGCUGGAGGAUCGGGACACGGACCUCGAAGCCGCUCGCGAAGAGCAGCAGACACGAACCACUCUGCAGCCGCGCCAGCGUCAGCCCAUCGAACUGGACUACGAGCUGAUGAGCCGGGAGCUGGUGAAGCUCCUGUCGCCGGGCGACAAACUAGCCGACAUCCUCACACCAAAGAGCUGCAAGCCCACCUCGCACUACGUCAGCAAUCUGUACAAUCCGGACGUGCCACUUCGGCUGGCCAAGCGGGACGUGGGCACCUCCACGUUGAUGCGGAUGAAGUCGGUCCUGGCGACCACGGAGGUCCAGGUGGUCAGUGUGGAGCUGCAGCUCGGAGAGUCUGGCGGCGAGUCCACGAAUUUAAUCAAACAGAAGCUGGACGAGCUCAUUAAGCAUUUGAACCAAAAAAUUGGCUCCCUGAAGCGCGAACAGCAGACCAUCUGCGAGGAGAGCUCGGCGAAUGACCAACUGGGCCAGGACCUCUUCGCCAGGCUGGCGGAGAAGGUGCGGCCCAGCGAGGCGUCCAAGUUCCGCACCUACGUCGACGACGUGGGUGACAUCACCAGCCUGCUGCUGUCGCUCUCCGAGCGGCUGGCCCAGACGGAGAGUAGCCUGGAAACGCGCCAGCAUGAAAAGGGUGCGCUGGAGACGAAGCGGGAUCUUCUGUACAAGCAGCUGGAGGAGGCGCAGCGCCUCAAGGCGGACAUCGACCGGCGCGGCACCAGCAUCGCCGGAUUGCUGGGCAAGAACCUCAGUGCGGAUCUGUGCGCCGACUACGACUACUUCAUCAACAUGAAGGCUAAGCUGAUUGCCGAUGCACGCGACCUGGCCGAGAGGAUCAAGGGCAGCGAGGAGCAGCUGGAGGCCCUCGGCGAUGCGCUAGUCCAAAGCGAUUGCUAAAGCCUGGCCGAUCUGAUCCUGGCGCUUCGAUUCUCCCAGCUGUCAACUCAAAGUUGAGAGCCGAUCGGUAGAGUUCUGAUCCCAGAGAUCCGCCAGUCAGGUCCGCAGUCUGCAGUUCGCAGUCCGUAAUGUGUAUUAGUUUAAAACAAUGUGCUUAAUUACCACACCCACACUAUAAUGUAUAAAUAUUGUAUGUUCAUUUGUGAUUUUCAAUUAGCUAGUAGGUUAAUUAUUCUAUGUAUCGGCCGCAUAGCAUUUAAGCAUUUUCUACAUAAUUAUCAAAGCAAAGAUAUAUUGUAUGCAUUAAUAAAAAUCAUGGAAACUUAA